AACUCGUCCGCACUCACGCAUUGCCCGCUGAACUGCAUUUGCUCAUGGAGCAGCCUCUCCACGACGAGUAUGCCGCCCAGAGCACCAAGCAGCAGCACCGACAGCUGACAGCACAUCAGGAGACUGAGGUGCACUUCCAGAAAUGCUACGGCGUCAUGGGCGAGCUGUUUGAGGCUCACAACUACUUGAGGGACUUGGUGCCGGCGACCGGCUUCAAGUUUCUGGACCUCGGCUGCGCUCCUGGAGGUUUCAGCUCCUACUUGCUGGAGGACCCGAGGUGUCAUCUGGGCUUCGGGGUGACCUUGCCCUCCACAUUGGGCGGCUUCCCCAUGCGCCUGAGAUCUCCCAACUUUCUGCUGCAGCAAGGGGAUUUGUUCGAGCUUGGCCCGGCCGACCUGGUCGCGAAGGAGGUGCACAUUUGUAUUUGUGAUGCGCAGUACAUGCGGAACGAGGUCGCCUGGGACGAGCGGUACACUGGAGUCCGAUGUCGAAGCAAGCAGCACGGGGUUUGGGCGCUGCUGUUGAAGCAGUUUUGGCUUGGACUCAGCAGGCUGGCCGCCGGGGGCAUGCUGAUCUUCCGCUUCGGCUGGCGCGACGGGCCCCCGGAGGACUUGGCCACCGUCUGGUACAAGAAGUGCACCUUGCGGCUCUUCUCCUUGCUCCAGGACCUCUUUACGCAGGUCAAGGACGUGAAGUCGGAUUACUUCAACGCGCUGCAGAGCUCCUUCUACGUCUGCUGCUCCGGCUUCGACAGGAGGCGAUUCGAGGAUCGGGAGGUGGCGAAGCUUUUCGGCAACACCUUCAAUUACCUCGUCACCACCAGGAUCAGCGAUGCCAACCAGCUGGAGGUGUUGCAGCAGGUGGACAGCAUCCGCAGCGCGGAGGUGGAUGAGCAGAUCUCCCAGAUGCUGGAUCGCAUCGAGAAGCUGCGGCUCAUCCACGAGCAGAGCCGGCGCUGGCACCAGAAGUGCGAGAGCUCCAGGAUGGGCUACGGCGGCUUUGAGACGCCAAAGCAGGCGGAGGCUGUGGAGCGGCCGAAGGAGCCGAAGGAUCGCACGCGCCAGAUCGUGGCAGAGCUCCUCAAGAAGAACGCCGCCAAGACUCGGUGAGCGUUCCCUCCGCGCCCCGUUCCGUCCCAAACCGCAGUUCCGCUCGCGGCUGGAGCGGCUGGAGCGGUUUCGGCCUGUUUUUUCGCGUCCGGCGGAAGGCGUGUGAAUUCUACGGUGAACGCGAACCGUCAGCACAGUCGCCGUAAGGUGAUUUGAAUUGCUUUGGAGGUGGUUUCCUACUGAACAACGGGGAUAAAUCCCACAUCGGGCGCA